CGUUCGCAACUUGCAGACCCGGUACGGCCUACACACAUUUCUUUUCCUUUCCCCCUAUCUCUCUCCAAAAUCAAAUCCCAGACGAAACCAAAUCAAAGCUCCCAAUACCACCGGGCCACCUCCGUCGCCGUUUGGAUCCGGCGCGGCUGCUGGUUCCCUACCUACACUUACAGUUGGGGUAUCCAGGACCGGCCGCCGGCGGGGCACCAGUCGCCGGCAUCGAAUCUAAUCCUCACGCGGUGGGGUGCUCCUUGCUGGUUGUUAGUGGUGAUAACUGAUAAACGGAAAGGCAAUGCAAAGCAAUGUGCUUUAGUGGUGUUUACUGUGCCAAUUUAGCUUGUUGUAUUUUGGUGGUAUUGUGUGGUCACAGGGUGAUUUUGAUUCCCUACUGGGAGACUCGGCUCUCGUCAUUUGAUUGAGAAAACGUUUGAAUUAUGGUUUUGAGGAUCUGAUUAAGAAGUGGGCAUGAUUGAUUGGUUCUUGUAAUGGAUAAAAUACAAUCUGAUUGCCCUUAUCCUGGAUGUUUCUUCUGUGUUAUGAAGGAGGCAAACCCAAGCAAACGGAGAGCAAGUGUGCUGAAAUUCUUUAGGGAACUUCCUUCCCAAGAUGAUGAUGGCCAAGUUCUCCCUAUCAGUGGCCUUUGGAACACUGCAAUGGCCCACCCAAAUGAUCCUGAAUUCAUUAACUUGGGAAUAUUUGAGUGUAUGGCAGCUCUAAUAUGGAAGGGCUCGAAAAACAGGCGCUGGCUUUCACAUGAUCAGAAUAUUUACAUCCCAUAUUAUGCAGCACAUGUCAUUGGAUCCUAUACGAUGAAUAUGGAGGAGUUUGCAGAACGUGCUGUUCGUGCCGGAGUAAUACCUCCAUUAGUUGAACUCUUAAGAGGUAGGCUGACUUGGGUGGAGCAAAGAGUUGCUGUUAGAGCUUUGGGGCAUUUGGCUACAUACCCAAGUACAUUCCCUGCUGUUGCUGAUCAUGGAGAAGUACUUGAACUUGCCGUUCAACUUGCCUCAAGCUCCCUAGAGAUUGUGUACUCUCACUUUUACCAAUUUGUAGAUAGGAGACUUGGCUACCAUUGUGACCUUCUUACACGUGGCAUGGGUGGUGCAGAAAUGGAAUCUCGUAAAGCUGAGGAAUGGGGUAGUCAACUGCAGUGCUGGUCUUUGCAGCUCAUAAACUGCUUCGCAUUUAAGCCCGAGUUUCUCCAUGAUAUCUGCAAGCCUGAAUUUCUAGCUAAGUUACCUGGUAUGUGGGGUGGACUUGUUAAUGAGAACUCACCUGCUGGUAUUGGUUUACUAAGAACAAUCUGCCAGAGUAAGGUUGGCCGAGGUCAUGUUGCUAAUAUUUCUGGUGUCCUUGAAGCUUUAUGCAACAUUUCUCAUUCAUCAGAUGACUGGCAAUACAUGGCCAUUGAUUGUAUACUCUGGUUAGUGCAGGAUCCUAGUACGUAUCAUAAGGUUAUAGAUAAAAUUGCCCCAACAUUGAUUGAUUUAGCUGAUAUUUCCACACUCGGUGAUUAUAAAAAGUUGGGUGACACUAUUGUCACAGUCCUCCAAGAAUGUAUGCAGCAAAACAAUAAUUCACGGAAUUCAGUUAGUAGUCACACCAUAGAAAAAAUUGAAGAACUCUUGAGUUCCAGGCAGAAGCUUAAAUCAGAAAGGAAUAUGCCUAAGGAGGAUCUUCAUAUAAAACAAGCUGCAGCAUUGGUUGUAAAGUUGGAAGGCAAUUCUUUAUUCUCUUCUGGAAAUAUUGAAGGAGCUGCAACCAAGUAUUCUGAAGCACUCGCAUUGUGUCCAAUGAAGUCUAAGAAAGAAAGGGUGGUGCUUUAUAGCAACCGGGCUCAGUGUUAUCUUCUCUUGCAGCAACCUUUGGCUGCCAUCAGUGACGCUACCCGUGCUUUGUGCCUUCACAGCCCAUUGAAUCGGCAUGCCAAAAGUUUGUGGAGACGAGCUCAAGCAUAUGAUAUGCUUGGUUUAGCGAAAGAGAGCCUGCUAGAUGCAAUUCUCUUUAUAAAUGAAUGCUCUCAGUCCAGUGACCCUGAUCUAUCGUCGAGGCAAAACAAGGUUCCUGAUUAUGCUGAGCGAUUGGUGAAGAAGCAGAUGCGUGCCGCUUGGUUAUUUAGGGAAUCAUCCCUGAAACAUGGGGGAAUCCAUUGUGAGGGGGAUGCCAGUGAUGCAUUUGGUCAAGAGGUUGAUGACUCUGAGUGGGAGACAGUGGGUGAAAGCGAUGGUGAGAAUGACGAAAGGAGAGAAGUAGAUGAUGAAACUGAAUGGAAGAAUGCCGGUCACCGGGAAGACGCUUUUGAGAAAAGCUGAGGAACAGGACUUGGUGCUGUUACUCGUUGAGCUUGUUGUAUUGUGCUUGUAGUCGGCAGCAGCAGCAACAGAAGCAGCCGUGGGCCUGCUGCAGUCCGAAAGCAAAAGUAAACUGCGGAAACCAGACGAAGAAGUCAGCUUACUGAAAGCUCACAAAAAAUGGAGAGCAGGCUUCUGAGUCUGUCAGAGUUGCUUUGGUUGUUGAUAAUUUUCGUCUUGCUCUGUUGUUUGGCGUUGUAAAAUGAACAAAAAUAGUUCUAAUAUUAAACAUCAUCCUUUUGUGAAUGAACUUUAUAUUAAAGCUCUGUUAAGAACUUAAGAUUCAAGUGCUACUUCCAUGCAUCUUGAAAUUGCAA